ACUGUUUGACACGCCCGCACCUGCGACAACCGCGCCCUGCAAUCUCACACCACCGCCGCGUCCAGGCCCGCCGAAACACGCUCACGCUCACGCGCGCCUCUGCUUCCGGCCCAUUCACCGCCCACACCGCGCACCCCGGCGCACCGCCCGCCAUGCCCACCAUCCCCGCCGACCAGCUCGUCACCCUGCAGCAGCAGGCAGAGGGCGUCCGCAACAUCUGCAUCCUCGCCCACGUCGACCAUGGCAAGACGUCGCUCACCGACGCCCUCAUCGCCACCAACGGCAUCAUCUCGCCCAAGCUGGCCGGCAAGAUCAGGUACCUCGACUCGCGCCCCGAUGAGCAGCUGCGCGGCAUCACCAUGGAGUCGUCGGCCAUCUCGCUGUACUUCUCGCUGCUGCGCCGCUCGGCCCCCGACGCAACGCCUGAGAAGAAGGAGUUUCUGAUCAACCUGAUCGACUCGCCCGGCCACAUUGACUUCAGUUACGAGGUCUCCACCGCCUCCCGUCUGUGCGACGGCGCCAUCGUGCUCGUCGACGCCGUAGAGGGCGUGUGCAGCCAGACGGUCACCGUCCUGCGCCAGACGUGGAUAGAGAAGCUGAAGCCUUUGCUCGUGAUCAACAAGAUGGACAGGCUAAUCACAGAAUGGAAGAUGACCCCCGCUGACGCACACACACAUCUAAACAAGCUCGUAGAACAGGUAAACGCCGUCAUGGGCAGCUUCUACCAGGGCGAGCGCAUGGAGGACGACCUCCGGUGGCGCGAGAAGAUGGAGGAGAGGCUCACUGCCGCAGCUGCCGAGAAGACUAACACCACAUCGUCCACAGUAUCAGAAAACGGUGACAGCGUAGACACCACAAGCACUCCUGCCGAGUACGAGGAGAAAGAUGAUGAAGACAUCUACUUCGCGCCUGAGAAGAACAAUGUCAUCUUCGCCAGCGCCAUCGACGGCUGGGCAUUCACAGUAAAGCAGUUCGCCAGCCUCUACGAGCGCAAGCUCGGCAUCAAGCGCUCGGUGCUUGAAAAGGUACUAUGGGGCGACUACUUCCUAGACCCGAAGACGAAGCGCGUACUCAGCUCCAAGCAUCUCAAAGGCCGCCAUUUGAAGCCUAUGUUUGUCCAGCUGGUGCUGGAGAACAUAUGGGCCAUCUACGAAGCUUCUACGGGAGGUAACAACGGGAAGGGAGAUCCCGCCAUGGUCGAAAAGAUUACAAAGUCUCUCAACCUCAACCUCCCACCGCACGUCCUGCGCUCGCGCGACCCGCGUGCCGUUCUGACCGCUCUUUUUGCCUCCUGGCUGCCGUUGUCGACCGCCUUGCUGGUCUCCGUCACCGAGUACCUCCCUUCGCCCACCAAGGCUCAGGCAGAGAGGAUGCCGGAUUUGAUCGAUACAUCAGUUGGCGCUGAUCACGUCGCACCAGAAGUCCGAAACGCAAUCACGGCAUCUGACAAGUCUGAAGGAGCCCCUGUUGUCGCUUACGUCAGCAAGAUGUUCUCUGUCCCGGAAAGCGAGCUGCCACAGAACAAGCGAAGGGCUGGCGCAUUGAGUGCAGAGGAGGCACGAGACCUAGGGCGCAAGAAGCGAGCAGAGCUUGCUAGACAACAGGCUACUGCUAACGGCGAGGGCUCAGAUAUCAGCAGCGUCACAGACGCACAGAGUGCGACCGCUAUUGGGGAGACUGAAGAAAACACUGAGACAGCACCGGAUGAGGAAAAGGCUGAGCAUCUCAUUGGCUUUGCCCGUAUCUACUCUGGCACGCUUAGCGUGGGUGACGAGGUGUACGUACUGGGCCCCAAGUUCUCACCAGAACACCCACAUGCCGCGCCUGAGCCAAAGAAAGUCAAGAUCACUGCGCUCUAUCUUAUGAUGGGCCGUGGGCUGGAGGCAUUAGAUUCCGUACCUGCUGGAGUCGUCUUCGGUAUCGGGGGUCUUGAAGGCCACAUGCUGAAGUCUGGAACACUCUGCUCGCAGCUUCCAGGGUCCCUCAACCUCGCUGGUGUGACUAUGGGCUCUGAACCUAUCGUUCGCGUAGCGUUGGAGCCUGAAAACCCCUACGACCUUGAUAAGAUGAUCAACGGCUUGAAGCUGUUAGUCCAGUCUGACCCUUGUGCUGAGUACGAGCAGUUGCCCAGUGGAGAGCAUGUCAUCUUGACAGCCGGUGAACUGCAUCUCGAGCGAUGCCUCAAGGAUCUCGAGGAGCGCUUUGCCAAGUGUAAGAUCCAAGCUGGUGAGCCGAUCGUUCCUUACCGAGAGUCCACUGUUGCGGCAGCCGAGAUGAACCCUCCGAAGAACCCAGAGCUAGGACGCGGCGUGGUUGUCAGUGCGACAGCCAACAAACAAGUCUCUGUCCGCCUGCAGGUCCGCCCGCUGCCACCAAGUGUCACCGAGUUCCUGAGCAAGAACUCUGGAUCCAUCAAGAGGCUGACCUCUGAACUGAAGGCUCGCGAGACCAGGCAAUCUGAUGAACAGGUGGCUGCUGAGAUCGAGGGAGCCGAACAGGACGGUAUGCAAGAGGCCGAGCUGCGCGAGAGUGGACACACACUCAGCCCUGCGGAGUUCAAAACACAGCUGAAGGCAGCUUUUGCUGAAGCCAAGAAAGAGAAGGAUAUCUGGACGGACGAUGUCAUUGAUAAGAUCACGACAUUCGGUCCGCGGAACAGAGGGCCUAAUAUCUUGAUCGACAGCGCUGGCAUAUGCAGCAAAGCUCUUACAGAAACUGCAGACGACGACACGUCCGACCGCACCUCCAACGCCCGCUCCUUCGCCUCCACCAUAGCCUAUGCCUUCCAGCUCGCCACCGCCCAAGGCCCUUGCUGCGCCGAGCCCGUCCAAGGCCUCGCUGUCUUCCUCCAAGAAGUCACGCUCGAAGAAACCGCGUCCGAAACCGACCACCACCGCCUAACCGGCGAAGUCAUCAAAGCCGUGCGCUCGGGCAUUCACAACGGCAUGCUCGACUGGUCGCCGCGCAUGCUGCUUGCCAUGUACAGCUGCGAGAUCCAGGCCUCGACCGACGUCCUGGGCCGCGUCUACGCCGUGCUCACGCGCCGCCGCGGCCAGAUCCUGUCCGAGACCAUGUCCACGUCCGCGGCCUCGACAACCGGAAACCAGACCUUCACCAUCAGCGCGCUGCUCCCCGUCGCCGAGUCCUUCGGCUUCUCCGACGAAAUCCGCAAGCGCUCCUCCGGCAGCGCAAGCCCCCAGCUGCGCUUCGCCGGCUUCGAAAUGCUCGACGAAGACCCCUUCUGGGUCCCCUUCACCGAAGACGAGCUCGAGGAUCUGGGCGAGCUCGCCGAUCGCGAGAACGUCGCCAAGCGCUAUGUGGACCGCGUGCGUAGGCGCAAGGGCCUGUUGGUCAAGGAGGUCAAGGUCGAGGCCGAGAAGCAGAAGACGCUGAAGCGGUGAAUCGGGGUAUGGAGGGGCGGCGCGUUUUGGGUCGAGGGGUGGAGCGAGAGGAAGGCGGUGAGCUGGUGGGAUGGCGGGGGGUAGUGCGCUCCACGGCGUUGGUGUUGGGUUGCUGAUGCGUGGAGAGAUCAGGGCGCGCACUGCACUGUACCCCCCCCCCCCCCCCCCCCCCC